AUGUGUAAGGUUAUUGACGAUAUUUAUAAGGUUCAGGGCUGGACCGAUACCCAGCCUUUAGACCUUGAAUCCCUAAAACUAAUUUUGGCUGCAUUGUUUAUAGCACCGCCUGAUGAUAUUAUUGAACAAAUUUUGAGUCAAAAUGGUUCAAUCAACAAAAGCAAUUUGGCAGUGAUAAUUCAAGAGUUAAAACAAUACAAGCUUCGUGGAUCUAAUUUAAUCAACCUAAUUAAGGAAUUUUCGGUGGAUAACAAAAUUAAUAUUGAUUUACUAAAUACAAUACUGAUCGAAAAUGGGAUGAAUGAGCGAGAUUUAGAUGAACUACUUCUCGUUACUAUGGGCGACGAGUGCAAAGGCAAUGAUGUUGACAUUAAUAAAUUUGCAAAUGGGUUGGAUUCCCUUUCUGGAUAUGAAGAAAGUAUAGUUUAA